AUGAGCGGGCUGCACCUCCUCAGCUCGUACCUAGCGGAGGUGGUGAAGGAGGUGCUCCGCGUGGUGCAGGAGGCGGUGGAGGAGUACCGUGAGGAGGCCUCACGCACCCGGACAGAGAACCAGAGACUCCAGGCUCAGCUGCGGGCGCUGCUCCUGCUCAAGCCCGGCCCUCAUGGGCCCAGCACCGGCUACGAUCUGCACGGUGCAUUUGGAGAAUGUGUGACUCCACCCCCUCGGACCUCUGUAACUCCACCCCCUCGGACAUGUGUGACUCCACCCCCUCGGACAUGUGUGACUCCACCCCCUCGGACAUGUGUGACUCCACCCCCUCGGAUACGUGUGACUCCACCCCCUCAGACACAUGUGACCCCACCCCCUCGGACACAUGUGACCCCACCCCCUCGAACACAUGUGCCUCCGCCCACACAGACAUAUGUGACUCCACCCCCUCGGAUACAUGUGACUCCACCCACACAGACAUAUGUGACUCCACCUCCUCGGACACAUGUGACUCCACCCACUCCUCUGGUGAGUGAGAGAGUCCCAGAUCUGACCAGAGCAUCAGGGGAAGGGCCCACAGCCUUCAUCUGUCGUGGUGUGAAGGUGAAGGAGGAGCAGGAGGAUCAAGAGGAGGACGAGGAGGAGACGCAGAGGAGCAGUGAAGGCCCAGACUCAGACCUGGGUCUAGACCUGGACCUGGACUUGGAUUCUGGGACGUGUGUGAAAAAAGAGCCAGAGAACCCUGCUGUGACGUGGGACGUGGCCAUAGCGCCCCCUCUGGAACAGUGUCCUCACUGCAGAGCCUCCUUCCCCUCCCUCUCGUCGCUGAUGCGGCACCUGCAGCAGAAGAAGGCUCACAGCUGCAGCGCCUGCUGUAAAUCCUUUUCUCAGUCUGCAGACCUGCGGCGCCACCUGCGCACACACACAGGAGAGAGACCGCACACAUGCAGCAUCUGCAGCCGCAGCUUCAGCCAGAGAGGCAACCUGCGCCGCCACCUGCGCAUCCACACAGGAGAGAGACCCUACGGCUGCAGCGUCUGUGGGAGGAGGUUCUCUGACGGAGACACACUGAAGAAACAUCUACGGACGCACAACUGA